CGGCACACUAGUAAGUAUAUUCUGGGCACUAUAGCCGAGGCUCACCAUGGAGAACAUGGCAGGACUUGAACAACUCAGGACACAGAUGAAUCGCCACAUCUGCGAAAUGGUGAGAACGAAAGUUGGUGAAUUGACAAACUUGUGGUCCGACGUGGGAAUAAGUUACGAGCCCACGCGAAGCCGGCUCGAGCGGACUCACGCCCACAUUGCCACCCUGUUGGACCAGAUGCUCGAGGGCGAAAUUCAAAUGCGGGAAAGGCUACUUCGAAACAUCACAGAAUUCAGCACUCAAGUGCAGAAGCUGUCGGUAGAGCUGGCAGUUCCCAGCUCUUCGGUCGACGAUUCUCUCACGAUGCUCGAGAAGGAGAGUGUCAUCCGGGAGAGGCUGGAGCAGCUUAAACAGAUCAAGGCUUUUCGCAAGCGCGAACGUAAGAAGCUGCGCUCCAAGGAGUGCGAGCUGUGCACCAAGCUGGGCGUGCCAGCUCUGGCCCUUUCCAACGCGUCCACUCCUACCGAGAAUGACCUAGAAGAGCUGGAACAGCACGUGGCUCAGCUGGAACGAGAGAAGGCCAUUCGCUCGUGCACACUGUCUGCACUGCGGAACAGCAUCGUUGCCAAGCUGAACCUGCUCGAUGUUCAACCAGAGACACAGCUGGAGAUCCAGCUAGUGGAAGACCAGGAGGGCUUUAUUCUCUCCAACAGCAACAUGGACGAAGCGAGGGCAUAUCUUGAACGGCUGACGAAGCUCGAAGAGGUGAGGCGUCAGGAGCUUGCUGCCCUGCAGGACCAAUUGGCCCUGUUUUUUGACCGGCUGGACAUUCCACCCGAAGAGCAGGAGCGCAUUCGGAACACCAACAGUGGCCUCACUUCUGCGACAAUGGCUGUGCUCAGGAACAAGCUCGCCGUAUACGAGCUACAGAAGCGAGAACGCCUUAGAGAGUUUGUCACCCGGGUCAAGGACGAGCUGCUCACUUGGUACAGGAAGUGCUGUCUGCCAAAGAGUCGGAUUUACCUCGACGACAAUAACGACUCUAAAGGUGUCACCGAGGAACGCCUGGUAGAGCUGGAGAGGGAGCUUAAGUCCCUAAAGGACUUCUACUCUGAAAACGCAAUGAUCAUCGCCAAGGCAGCGCGCCAUGAAGCCCUGUGGGUUAAAUAUCUCGAACUGGAGAAGCUCAGCACGGACCCAUCCCGCCUCAUGAACAGAGGUGGGCGGCUCCUACUUGAGACCAAGGAGAGACAGAGGCUGCAGGCUGAGCUCCCGAAGCUCAGGAAAGAAAUUAAAGACUACAUUACCACCCACAGCGACCGGAGUGAGACAUUCGCGUUGUGGGGUAAGGACUUCCUCGGCCACCUGGAUUCUCAACAGCGUGCACAUGCUGAAGAAAAAGAGCGCGAACGCCUCGAAAGGAACCGUCGCAAGGCCACGCCCGUGAAAUCGAGCAGUCGGAAGAGGAACAACAGUGGGACGCCCUCCCGCAGUGCGUCCAAGAUGCCCCGGCUUGGGUCAAACAAUGGCACCCUCUCGUCCAGCAGCCGCGGAGGCUCACCAGCUGGAAAAAACACCCUGGUGGCGCAUGGUGGCACACCGGCCCGAGCUGGGAAAAAUAUCCGGCGGCGCUCGGUGAAGGCCCAGAAGAAAAGUGCCAAUGGCCGACAGCUGUUCAAGGGAAGAGGGGCCGAGAAGUCUGGUGCAUCCACCAGCACAGCCGGACCUGUGGGUGGGGUGACCACCAUGGACAGCUUCACGCAAUUCCUGGCCCAUAGAAGCAGGGUACAGCUCACCAGCAGUGUCCUUGCCGAGACGCCAAGGCCGUUCCAACCAGAAGCUGCGCUUCAAGCCAUGCAUCAUGAUUUAGACUUGACACUCACGGAGGAGCAAGUGCCUCCCCCGUAAACGAUUCUUUUUUGUGUGUGUAAAAAUCUUUUAAUAUAUCCCCGCUUUUGUAAGUACACAACACUGCAUGAAACAUGGAUACGGCAUCGACACUUAUGCCGUGUUUGUGUGAAGUGUGUUCUUGUCUGUUUUACAUAUGUUUCAUGUAUGCACAGCGGUCGCAUGAGCACAUUCCCGCAUAUUCAAUCUGCUAAAAUCUACUAACUUAUGGACGCCUUAUUUAUGGCAGUGUUCGCUUUAAUCCAAUACUGCCAAUGUAAUACAAAAGCGUGGCAUGAAUUCAAACAUUGUGAACACAGUAACGUUACAUAACAAGAAGUGGGUGCAGGGCGGUUUUACAAACUUGGUAUUUCUUUUAAAUAUCCUCAGUUUUAAGCUUGACUGUGGUUCUUUUACCUAGGGCUGCACCAUAA